AUGGCAGAUUUAAAGCCGUUUGAACCAGAAAACAAUUUAGAAAUUAAGACAAAAAGUAUCGAACAAACACUGUUACCUUUAGUAAAACAGAUUUCAACUUUAGUUAAUGUUAGAGACAGAGGAGUUAUUUCAGAAAGAAAUUUACGAGUGGUUGCAAGAGUUGGUCAAGCUGUUAAUUUGGCUGUCGAAAGAUUUGUCACUGUCGGUGAAACAAUUGGAGAUGGAAAUUCUGAAAUUAAACUUGAUAUGUAUGAGGCUUGCAAAGAAGCCAGGGAAGCAGGCGCAGGAAUUGAAAAAUUAUGUGAAAUGGAAGAAUGUUUAACGGAAAGAGGUGCUGUUGUCAGAGCGGCAAGAGCUUUACUAGCUUCAGUUACCAGAGUUUUGCUUUUAGCUGACAUUGUUGUUGUAAAACAGUUAUUACUUGCCAAAGAUAAGGUAACUAGGAGUUUGGGAAGAUUAGAAAAUGUUACAAAUUUUACAGAAUUUGUAAAAGCUUUUAGUCAGUUUGGAGCUGAAAUGGUUGAACUUGCUCAUUUAACAGGUGAUAGACAAAAUGAUACCAAAGAUGAAAGAAGGAGGGCUCAAAUGCAAGCAGCGAGACAAGUAUUAGAAAGGUCUACCAUGAUGUUACUAGUUUCUUCCAAAACUUGCUUAAGGCAUCCUGAAUGUCAUUCAGCCAGAGAAAACAGGGAUACAGUAUUUUGUCAGAUGAGAAGAGCUAUGGACUUAAUACAUUAUGUUGUAAAAGAUGGAGUUUUAGAUCCUAACGAAAUUAGUUGCAGUGAAGAGUGGGAAGCAAAUAGAACAAUCCAUGGUGCAUUGCAAAGGUUGGAAGGACUUGUACAAACAGCAUUGCUUGCUGCCCACUGUCAGGAAGGACUAACUGAAGCUUUAGAGACAAUCAUUGAGAGAGCACAAGACUUUACAGAUUCUGCUAAUACAAGUCAUGAACACAGAGAAAGAAUAUUAGAAUAUAUACAACUAGCCAAAAUAAAAUUAGAUGCUCUUUUAAAUUCUGAAUGUGCCAUCGAUGGAACUUCUCCAAGUGAUGAGACGGAAAGAACAGUUGAAUUUUUAUUAAAUAAUUUAAGAGACUUGAGGCGACAGUUGCAAGAAACCGCAUUCAUGCAGGCAGGCGAAUUAGAAAAUGUAAUAAGGCAAGGUUCAGCGGCUUUAGAUGGUUUAAAAAAUUUAGCAUUGGGAGCUGAUUUAGAUCGUUUAGAAGUUUUUGGGGAUCGUUUUGCAGAACACACGGAUCACAUCUUGGAAAUAUGCAAAUUAGUGAGGCAUAUGGCUCCGUACGAUUCGCUUCAAGUGACGGCCAAAUAUAUUGAAAUAAAUGUUAAAGUUUACGCUCCCCAAGUUUUAAGUGCCGCAAAUACAUUAGCCAUUUACCCGACGUCAAAAAUAGCAAAGGAAAAUUUAGAAGUUUUUAUUGAUAUGUGGCAAGCGUUGGCUGCUGACGUAACAUCAGUUACGAAAGAAAUAAUUGACGUCUGCAAGGGAAAAGAUUUAAAACAUGUUUAUAUGAGUCUUCCAAGGCCUGGAAAACACGGUACGACAAGCAAACCCGUAAAAGCAUCUAAAUUAGAUUCAGAAGAACAAGCCAAAAUAGCCAAAUCAGGGUUAGAAAUGAAAAUGAUGACGAAUGAAAUGGAAGCCGAGGCUGACAAAUGGCGACAGGAUGAUAAUGACAUUGUUAAGAGAGCAAAAAAUAUGUCGACCAUGGCUUUUUCAAUGUAUCAAUUCACAAAAGGAGAAGGUACAUUAAAAACGACUCAGGAUUUAUUUACUCAAGCCGAAUAUUUUGCAGAGGAAGCCAAUCGGCUUUACAAAGUAGCACGACAGUUUUCAUAUCAGGUACCUGCGGGUUCUCACAAAAUGGAACUUUUAGAAAGUUUAUCAGGUGUUCCGACUCACGUUCAGCAACUUCAGUUCACGGUAAAAGAUCCCACAGUUGGGAAAACGGCAACGUUUACCAAAGUUGACCUAGUCAUACACGAAACGAAAAGUUUAAUGAACAUUAUUUCUAAAGUAGUGACAAACUGUUUCGUUUGUUGCAAUAAGUACAACAUUGACUUGAGGGGAAUAUGCGUCGGGAACAGAGGGAUUUCCGGUGGAGAUGAUGAUGGGAGUUGCGGGGGAACUGGGGGAGGUGGCGAUGGUAAAUUGGGAACGGCAGGAGCUUCCGAUCCCAGCAUAUGA